AAGCUCUCACUUGCCAAAACCUGGCGCGAGCUUUAUUUCUAGGACCCAUUCUCACUUGGGUUCGUGCCCUUUUGGCAAUUGCUAUAACCUCUGGGUUGGUUUGGUUUAAUUCUCACUCCAAAAACAGAUAAAAAAUUAGGUCUUUUUUAUUAAUCAAACAUAUGUAUUGCAGGACAAGUUCAAAGUUCUGAGCUUGGUUUGCUCUGGCUUGCCUCUGUUUGCUUUCAAGCUCGUGAAAAUUUUGAUUGGGUUUGCGUCGAUCGUGACAAAAAUGAACAAGAAGUGGAAGUUCAGUAGGUUGAAGGACCGUUUGGGGAUGCUGGGUAUGGUGGUGGUCUGCUUGUUGAUUCAGAAUUUGAGUUUUUGUUGGUCUUUGAAUGAUGAAGGUUUGGCGCUAUUGAGGUUUAGAGAUAGAGUAGUCAGUGACCCGUUUGGUGCUUUGUCGAAUUGGAACGAUGAUGAUGGAGAGGUUGACCCUUGCUCAUGGUUUGGGGUCGAGUGUGCAGAUGGAAAAGUUGUGGUGUUGAACUUAAAAGAUCUUUGUCUUGGUGGAACAUUAACACCUGAGCUCAGGAAUCUUGUCCAUAUAAAGUCUAUUAUUUUGCGCAACAACUCCUUUACGGGGAUCAUUCCUGGAGGGAUCGGAGAGUUGAAGGAAUUGGAGGUGUUAGAUUUAGGAUACAACAACUUCAGUGGACCACUUCCGGCUGACCUUGGCAGUAAUUUUUCGUUGGCGAUCCUCCUACUGGAUAACAACAGGCUUCUUGGUAUCUUAUCUCCUGAAAUUUACAACCUGAAGAUUCUUUCCGAAUUUCAAGUUGACGAGAAUCGGCUUUCUGGUGCAGACCGAGAAUCAUCUUGCAAUGAAAGAUCCAUUUCAUGGAACCUCGCUCAUACUGAACACUCUAUUCAUAGGAGAGUGCUCCAAGCUCCAACUGUCCCUCCUCCAGAGGCUACAAAUUUUUUUAGCUUUGCUCCAUUUAUACCCAACAAAACACAAAGGCCAGAAGGGUCAGAACCUGCACGACCACCCCACUUGAAUCCAACUUUCCCACCUACUGCACCAGCUUCCUCACCUUCACUUUCUGCUCCAGUGCCUACCUCCUUAGCAAGUUCCGAAAGUUUUGCAUCAAAGCAUAAAGUCGCACUAUUGACUGGAGGCACAGGCGUGGCUGUUUCUCUUGCAAUUUCAAUCCUUGUUCUGUAUCUCUAUAAAAGCAACAAGGUAGCUACUGUCAAACCUUGGGCCACAGGAUUAAGCGGACAGCUCCAAAAAGCCUUCGUCACUGGGGUACCAAAUCUUAAGAGAUCAGAACUUGAAGCGGCUUGUGAAGAUUUCAGUAAUGUAAUAGGUUCUUCACCAAUUGGUACAGUGUACAAAGGGACAUUGUCUAGUGGCGUUGAAAUUGCGGUGGCUUCUCUUGUAGAGACAUCUGCCAACUGUUGGUGCAGCAAUUUAGAGUUGCAGUACAGGAAGAAGAUCAAAACAUUAUCAAAAGUGAGCCACAAGAAUUUUGUCAGCCUUAUUGGGUACUGCGAGGAAGAAGAACCUUUCACUAGAAUGAUGGUUUUUGAAUAUGCUCCCAAUGGGACACUUUUUGAGCAUUUACACAUAAAAGAAGCUGAGCACUUGGAUUGGAUAAUGCGAAUGAGAAUAGCAAUGGGAGUGGCCUACUGCCUCGAUUAUAUGCACCAGCUGAACCCGCCUAUAGCUCACAACAACUUGAAUUCUUCAUCUGUCCAGCUAACGGAGGAUUAUGCGCCAAAGGUCUCAGAAUAUAGUUUCUGGAACGAGACAGCUGAAGCUGAGAAAGAAUCACCUGGCAUAAAGCUUUUUAACACACCAUCAGCAAACAGAGAAAGUAAUGUUUACAGCUUUGGUGUCAUAUUGUUUGAAAUGGUAACAGGCAGACUUCCUUAUUCAGUGGACAAUGGCUCACUUGAAGACUGGGCUUCUGACUACUUGAGAGGUGAGCAACCCCUCAAAGAAAUGGUUGAUCCAACUCUAGAAUCUUUCCAAGAGGAGCAGCUGGAUCGAAUCGGAGAAGUAAUAAGAUCUUGCGUCCAUCCCGACCCGAAACAAAGACCGCCAAUGAGAGAAGUCAGUGCAAGAUUGAGAGAAAUAACUGGAAUUUCACCUGAUGGGGCAACCCCAAAACUCUCCCCUCUUUGGUGGGCAGAGCUUGAACUGUUGUCUCCAGAUGGAAGCUAGAUGCUGAAGAGUCCUGAUUGUAAGUAUGAACAUGGGCACGUUUUCAUCUUCUGUAGCUGGCAAGGCACCAACUAUGCAGCUCCCUUAAGUUGAUAGAGAUUUGUAUCUAUGGCAGGGUGAUAGAAUUCUACUUGUAUAUAAUC